AUGCCCAUACCGGCUGAGGUAAGCAAUUCGCUCGAAGCUGAGGACGAUUACUACAAAAUGCUCUUGGAAGAUUGUGCGAAGGAUUGUGUGUAUUUUGAUUCUGUACCUCGGUCGGUGAAAGAAGAGAUGCCAAACGAUUCGGAUGAUGAUGGAUACGGUGGAUAUAAUGAAUAUGAGAAAGCUAGGUUUGAAGUAUUGAUCACUAAACUUGAGGCUAAGAAAACUGAUGAGAAAGCUAGGCUUGAAGCACUUGAGGCUAGGAUUUUAAAACUAGAGCAGGAUCAGGCAGAAAGAGAGGCUAGAAUUUUAAAACUAGAACAGGAUCAGACAGAAAGAGAGGCUGAGAAAAAUCGCAAAUUCCAGACUAGAUGUAUCCAGAUAGCUAAGGAAAUUCUUAAUGAGGAACCGAUUAUCGAAUAUCGCUUAAACGGAUUAGAGCUUGAUGUUUUCUUCCAAAACUAUCGAAUCGCAUUAGGUGCAAGGGGCUCAGCAUCGGUUCCAAAUUAUAAAGGACGUUCCUGUUGCGGAAAGCCUGAAUUAUCUGUGAUGCUGUACGGAAACAUUAACGUCCUUAAUGAAGAAGAUCUUGAAACAUGGCUACGCGAAACAGUAAAAAUUCCAUUCGUGCAUGUAAAAAAAAAUAUGCAUGUUGGCUACGCUCACAUACAUUUCCUCAGUCAUGAAGAUGCGAGCGACUUCUUUUAUACUUAUAAAAACGCCACUCUUGAUGGUCCCAGAGGAGAUGAAGACAUCAGGAUAAAAGAGUCGUAUUAUUUUGGUAAAUCAAAAAGAAAGGUUGUUUACGUAAAAGCGGAAGAACCAAUUGUUACUACCAAAGAAGCUGAGGAAGAGCUGUGUAAGAAUAACAAAACCGUAAAUCAGGAAGAGCCGUGUAAGAAUAAUGAAGCUGAAAAUCAGGAAGAGCCGUGUAAUAAUAACGAAGCUGUAAAUCAGGAAGAGUCGUGCAAUAAUAACGAUAAGACUGAAGAUGAGCCAGAUUAUACAAACAACAAAAAAAGAAAACUUGCUUAA